GAGCUAUUUCAUAUUGGCGGAAACUCAUCAGAUACCAACUACCUCUUCAUGGGCGAUUACAUGGAUCGAGGGUGCUAUUCUGUCGAAACAGUAACUUUGCUUGUGGCACUCAAGUUACAGUAUCAUGACCACAUUACAAUUCUAUGGAGAAACCAUGAAUCUUGA